GAUGACUACUCCCUGUCCAAUGCUCUCGGCUACCGCUCGAGAGGUAUUGGGCACGUCUAUGUAUCAUACGACAUCAUGUGCCAGUACCACGUCCAUCUCCAUGACCGAUUUGACGACAAUCCUUAUCUUCAAAUGCCGGGGGGCCUCGUCCUAUACAAGUGCAUUGGCCUCUUUCACAUUCACGGUCACAAGGCGGAGUGCGAGCUCCGGCACUCUCUCACCUUCACCGAGGGGGCCGGGGAAGCUGACGGCGAGAUCAUCGAAACCCAAUGGUCGGGGAUCAAUCCCGUGUCGGGUAGUACCCGCUCAAUGUCAACAUCCCACCGGCAGGAAACCCUCGACCGGCACAUGAACAAUUGGAAUUGGAAGAAGAUGAUCACCAUGGGUAUGGUCUAG